AUGUCUAUUGCUAUAUCUUAUCUUUACAAUUCCAAAGAGCCCGGAGUGCAGACAUAUUUAGGGAACCGGAUGUUUAGUUUUCGGGAUGAAGAUGUUGACUUUUACCUGCCACAGAUGUUGAACAUGUACAUACAUAUGCAUGAUGUGGCAGAGGCCAUUCACCCAUACCUUGUGCACAGGUGUCGUUCAAGUGUGGAGUUCUCUAUCCGAGCUGCCUGGCUCUUGGGAGCAUAUUCUGCUGAUGUUUUGAAGCCCACUUGGAAAAACUCACAAGGAGUUAAGCUGAAGCAUAUGAUUCUUAAUGAAGAACUCCGCCCAGUGCGCCAGAAGAGCCCUUCCACUCUUCCAAGCCCUACCCAGCAUCAGCAUCAGCAGCAUCCAUUAUGUCCCCCAACAUCCCCAAACUCUAUUAAGAAAACCCACCAUCGUUCACGCUCAGAUGCAACUGGCCAGCAUAAGUUCAAACGGCGUAGGACCAAUUCAUGUGGACAUGAGAAUGAGACGAUAUAUCAGAGGGAAGGCACCAGUAUUCGGCAUUCUAUAACCUCACCAAAUAUGCCUGUGUUAGCUGGAGAUUUGACCUCUGGUCGUGCUUUCGAAAGUGGCUGCACCUGCCACAAAAGCUCUGAGGCUGUGUUGAAUGACCUCACGGGCAGAGAGACAGUUUGUCACUGUGAGGCACCUCGCUUGAUGCCACAGUUGGAGUUUGUGACAGCUUUGAUGAAUAUUGCACAGAAAUUACAACAACUCCCCACAAAGGAACAACGUACCUCAAGGUUGAUAGCAGAGUUGGCAAUGCUGAAUUUGAACCUGCCAGCUCGGGUUUGGCUGCCUACAGCUGAGAAGGCCAAUCACCACAUUGUACGUGUCCCUCACACACAGGCUGUUGUACUCAACUCUAAGGAAAAGGCCCCUUAUUUGAUGUAUGUUGAAGUGCUUGAAUGUGAAAACCCAGUCACCAGCCAAGUUCCCAGUAAAAUCUUAGAGAACACACUGCGUUUCACCCGCUCUGAAGAAGACCUGACACACUACUACAAUCGAAGCAACACGUCUCCUCGGCCUGAGUUAGCCAUUUACACCAAUACAGACUUUGAUGAUGCUGAUUGCUGGUCACAAGAUGAUGAUGAAAUCUUACAAGUUAUGUUUCCAAACCGGAGUAAGUCCAGUGACACCAUAUCUCAGUUUUCAACUGAGAGUUCAACAAGUGCAGACAGUAAAGAUCCUGUGUACAUAGCUGCUGGGGACAUUCGCAGACGUCUCUCUGAGAACAUUGCUGCCCCAAAAGGAAAAUUUGAGCGUGAUCCUGAAGAUCCGUCUGCUGCUGCUCUGAAAGAACCCUGGGAAGAAAAAGUGCGACGCAUUCAAGAGUCUUCUCCAUAUGGCCACUUGCCUAACUGGCGUCUCAUGUCAGUGAUUAUCAAAUCUGGAGAUGACUUGCGGCAAGAGUUACUUGUUUAUCAGGUCCUCAAACAGUUGCAGAACAUUUGGAAGAUAGAGCAUGUUCCCCUCUGGAUCAGGCCGUACAAUAUUGUGGUAACUGCUAAUGACAGUGGCAUGAUCGAGCCUGUGGUUAACGCAGUUUCUUUGCACCAAAUCAAGAAACACUCAAAACAACUUCUGCUAAAUUAUUUCAUCCAAGAAUUUGGCCCAAUCAAUAGUGAAGAAUUUUUAACAGCACAGAAGAACUUUGUGCAGAGUUGUGCAGGCUAUUGCUUGGUGUGUUAUCUCAUGCAGGUGAAAGACAGACAUAAUGGAAAUAUUUUAUUGGAUUCUGAUGGACAUAUCAUUCACAUAGAUUUUGGCUUCAUUUUGUCAACAUCACCUGGAAAGAAUCUUGGUUUUGAGAAUUCCCCUUUCAAACUGACACAUGAAUUUGUUGAAGUCAUGGGUGGCUUGGGCAAUGACAUGUUUGAAUAUUUUAAAAUCCUCAUGCUUCAAGGAUUUGUUGCAUCUCGGAAACACAUGGACAAAAUUAUCCCUUUGGUGGAAAUCAUGCAAACUGGUUCCCAACUUCCUUGCUUUAGCCGUGGGGUGAGCACAAUUCGCUCCCUGAAGGAACGCUUUCACCUGACACUAACUGAAGAACAGCUCCAACUUCUUGUUGACAACAUGGUUGAGAGUAGCCUCAACUCUCUUACUACUAAGCUAUACGAUGGCUUCCAGUAUCUUACCAAUGGCAUUCUUUGA